GCGUACACCAACACGAGUCGGCGAGACACUGGCCGCGCGCCCGUCCUACUCCUUCGCCGAUAAAGUUUACUUUUUAAAAGUUAUUAUUUUUUAUCUAUGCACAAUGGCGCGUAAACCUGUGUUAUUCGGAUGACAUAAAAGUAUUUUCCCGCCAAUUUUCCUCCAAACUUCAGUGGCAAUUUCUUGUGAAACUUUGACGGUGUUUUAUCAAUUAUUUCGUGUUGAUCCCAAAUUGAGUCGUUAAUUUCUUCGCAGUUCGGAAGUUUGUGAACAAAGUGUACAUUGGUGUAAUAAUGAAUGAACUUGACACGGUGUGAAAUUAUGUCGUAUCUCAAACAAGAAUUCAAAACUUUUUGAACAAGAAGCAACUCCGCGGCAUAUUGAGGUGUCGCCCAUGCCACCAUGUUGGACGAGCUGGGUCCGACGGCGGCGUCCAACCUCUCCACCGCGAACAACGAACACCACUACUACGUCACGUUCUACGAUGAGGUCGCCGAUAGGUACCUCAAUAACAGCCAGAAUAGCACGCAGGGCUACCAAUCCUUCAUCCUGCCAUGGUGGAGGCAGGUGUUGUGGACGGUGCUCUUCGCCGGCAUGGUGGUGGUGGCCACCGUGGGAAACCUCGUCGUCAUUUGGAUAGUGCUGGCCAAUAAACGGAUGAGGAGUGUCACCAAUUAUUUCUUGGUGAACCUGUCGGUGGCAGACGCGAUGGUGUCGACCUUGAACGUGACCUUCAACUUCACCUACAUGCUCAACUCCGACUGGCCCUUCGGCCACUUCUACUGCAAGUUCUGCCAGUUCAUAGCGGUGCUCAGCAUAUCGGCUUCGGUGUUCACACUCAUGGCUAUUAGUAUAGACAGGUACGUGGCCAUAAUGAGCCCACUAAGACCACGGUUGGGCAAGCGGGCCACUCUUGGGAUUGCUGCCGCCAUCUGGGCAGGCUCGUCUGUGAUCAGCAGUCCGAACCUAAUCUACUUCACCACAGACACGGACGUGUUACCCGACGGCAGUGCGAGGCGCGUGUGCUUCGGAGAGUGGCCGGACGGUAUCACCACUAGGUCCAACCUCGAAUAUGUGUACAACGUCGCGUUCAUGGUGUUAACAUACUUCCUGCCGAUCAUGUCGAUGUCAUACACCUAUUCCCGUGUGGGCCUGGAGCUAUGGGGCUCACAGUCCAUAGGUGAAUGCACGCAAAGGCAGCUGGACAACGUGAAGAGCAAACGGAGGGUAGUGAAGAUGAUGAUUGUGGUCGUGGUGAUAUUCGCGGUGUGCUGGCUGCCGUUCCACGUGUACUUCCUCGUGACGUCAUACUACCCGGACAUAGUGAACUACGCGCAUAUCCAGGAGAUAUACCUGGCCAUCUACUGGUUAGCGAUGAGCAACUCCAUGUACAACCCCAUCAUCUACUGUUGGAUGAAUUCCAAAUUCCGGCGUGGCUUCAAGCAGUUCUUCUGGUGCUGCGGUGCGUUCAGCGGCGGCGGGCUGAGCCGGCAUCGGCCGUUCGGCGCCGACCGCCUGGACCGCUCCAUGCGCUCACUGUCGCCGAGCCGGAAGAACGGUACGAGUACGAUCCGCAUCUCGAUGCACAGCACGUACAACAACACGCUGGUCAGCAGCGCCUGACAGCGGCGCGGCGGCGCGCCCGAACACGCGCCCGACGCGCACCCGCACGUGGAACGCACGUGGAUCUGACGCGCGACCC